AUGUCGUACUACCUCGUCCUCGUCUCGCCGCGCGACAUACCGCUCUACGAAGCCGACCUCUACUCGAAGCCGAGCACCUCGAGCUCCUCGUCCUUUUUCUCGUCGUCAUCGGCCUCGAACGCCGCCGCCACCGCCGCAUCCAACUCGUCCGCAGCACAGGCAGCAGGGUCCAGCGGCUCGCCGCGACCUUCGUUCGACUCGUUCAGCAGCGGCGGAGGGGGCGUGUUCGGGUUCAGCUCGGCGUUGAGGGACCUCACGUCCGGUCUGGCGGCGGGCACGUCCGGCUCGUCGUCGUCCUCUGCCGCUGCUGCGACGGCGUCCGGAUCGACGGGGGUGGGCGCCGCCAAGAAGGAGGGAAAGGGGAUAGGCUUCGGACGCUACAAUGACAAGCACGUGCUCCAGAUGAUUGCGCAUAGCAGCCUCGAUGCCGUCGAGGACUGGGCGGCGAGCGCGGGUACGAUGUACCUCAAGCAGGUGGAUCGGAUCAACGAAUGGUCCACGAGCUGCUUCCUCGUUCCCGGCGGUGUCAAGUUUCUCAUCCUCCACGAACACCGGCACGACGAUGGGAUCCGCAACUUUUUCCUCGACAUCUGGGAGGCCUACCUCAAAGUCUCGCUCAAUCCCUUCUUUGAUCCAAACACGGCCAUCACGUCGGCGUCGUUCGAUGCAAAAGUCAAGGCGAGCGCGAGAAAGCACCUCUAG